ACAAAAUUUGUUCCAAUGCCAACCAUUUUCUUUCGGAUUUUCUUUAUAUACAAUCUUGUUUUAGAUUGUUUGGUCCCCAAGAAACUCAGAUCCUUCCUCUCUGGUCCUCAGAUUAAUCCGACCCACGCUCCCGCUUUCGUCUCCGUCGGCGGUCAAGUCGGGGCACACACGUCUCUGACACCAACACCAGCGACCGCAUUGGCAUCCCCUCCGAAAAGAAUGGACGCGACGGAUUUGAAGAGGAUUUUCCAAAUGUUCGAUAGGGACGGGGACGGGGCGAUCACAAAGAAAGAGUUGAAUGAUUCGUUGGAGAAUAUGGGCAUCUCUGUCUCUGAUAUCGACCUGACGCAAAUGAUCGAACAGUUCGAUGUUGACGGCGAUAUGUGUAUCGACGUCGAUGAAUUCAGCGCUUUGUAUCAAUCAAUAAUGGAAAAUAAGGAUGAAGAGAAAGAUAUGAAGGAGGCUUUCGACGUUUUCGAUCAAAACGGGGACGGUUACAUCUCUGUCAAUGAAUUGAGGUCCGUUUUGGAUGCGCUUGGACUUAAGCAAGGGAAAGCGAUGGAAGAUUGCAAGAGGAUGAUAACGAAAGUAGAUGCAGAUGGGGAUGGUAGGGUUGAUUUCUUGGAGUUCAAGCAAAUGAUGAAAGCAGGCGGUUUCAAUGCCCUGGCUUAACUCUCAAGUCAGGGAUCUGUUUUUGGAUUUGUCCGGCCUCGACUCGUUGCUGCAUUGCAUUGGUUCAUCAGAGCGUAUCGGUGCCAACGGGUUACUGCCACUUGUCACACGAUGUCGUGGCUCAAAAAUCGGGUCUAUAACUUGAAGAAGAGAGGGGAAGCAAUGGGAACAGUUUUUAUCACCAAAGAUUUGAUGACAAUAUAUUUUUCUUA